GAAUCGAUAAAGAUGCAGGACUUGUCUCAAUUUUUCUCCAAAUACGUUUUCAUCCUAUUGGUUGUGACUCUUAUUUUUGUCAAUGCCAGGCCGUCACAUCUGAGUGAAAGCAGCCAGCUUCUUCCCGACCAGGAAUCCAACAUGAUAGACUCCGGGUACAAGCAGUGGCAGAUGGAGAUGCUGGCGCAGAAACUAGCCGAACUGAACCAGCUGGGCAACGGAGAAUACGGCUUGGAGAGAUCCCUCAGAAGCGGCAACGAAAUCAAGCGCCAGAGCCGUUACCGCCUCUGUUACUUCAACCCCGUCAGUUGCUUUAAGAAGUAAAUGGCUUUCGAAAGGCGAUAUAAUUUUAUUAGAGGGGUUGACUUAUCUUUUCUCGGUUUUAACAAACAAAUCCACGUCACCGAUGAGCCCAAAUAGUGCGAACAUUAAGUUUUAAACGGUACCAACAAAAUUCACAGCAGUUUCGACCCUUAGAAUAAAAUUACACAAGAAAUUGCAUAUUCUUUGAUUCGUUUGACCCUGAACUACUAUGUAAUAUAUAGAAAUAAAUGUUGAAUGGCAAAUAUUUUUCAUUGUAUGUUUGUUUCUGAAGAGCAUAUCCUAGUAUUAUCGAAUGCUGAGAAUUCGCUACAAAUUCGUAUUUAUUUUUGUAAUUCUGUCUUCCUUUGGAUCACAAGGCCUUGGUUUUCAUCUAUAGUGUAGUUAGAAUAGUAUAAUAAUAAAUAAGUUACAUUUA